UUUCCACGCAUGCGCAGAAGGACGUUCCGUGUUGCUAGGCGCAGCGGUUCAGUGGAGUAAAGGUGAGGAGCAGGAGCUGUUGUGACGGGACAACAAAACACCGUAUCACAACACAUUAGCUGUGUCUGGAUGAAGAGAACUGAAGUUAACAUAUCCUGAAGAAGGGAGAAGAAAUGGCUAAUCAUUUGUCAGAGUCACUGCCAGAGCGGACCUUCCAGCACCAAAGCAGCCUGCCUCCCCUGCCUGUACCGUCACUAGAGAGCAGCCUGUUGAAGUACCUGGAUGCAGUUCAUCCAUUUGCAUCUGAGAAAGAGUUUAAGGCUACAGUAGACAUUGUGAGAAAAUUCCAAGAGGGAGUUGGCAAAGAGCUGCAUAAGAAACUACUGCAAAGAGCCAAGACGAAGAAGAACUGGUUGGAGGAAUGGUGGUUAGACACAGCGUAUUUGGAGGUCCGCAUCCCCUCUCAGCUGAAUGUGAACUUUGGAGGCCCGGCCCCCUACCUGGAGCACAGCUGGCCUCCUGCAGAGGGAGUUUAUCUGCAGAGGGCCAGUAUGAGCACAUGGUAUACACUGCAGUACUGGAACCUGAUCCGCACGGAGAGGCUGGCUCCUCAGAAAGCUGGCAAAACGGCAUUAGAUAUGGACCAGUUCAGAAUGCUGUUCUGCACCUGCAAAGUACCUGGAGUGAAGAAGGACACCAUCCGCAACUACUUCAAGACAGAGAGCGAGGGUCCAUGCCCCUCCCAUUUGGUUGUGAUGUGUCGUGGACGGAUCUUCACAUUUGAUGCACUUUGUGAUGGACAAAUCCUCACUCCUCCAGAACUUCUCAGGCAGCUGAGCUAUGUGAAAGAGCGCUGUGAGGCCGAGCCAGAGGGAGACGGAGUGGCUGUGCUCACCUCAGAGGAGAGGACUCGUUGGGCGAAGGCCAGGGAGCAUCUAAUAAGCAUCGAUCCACACAAUAAGACCAUCCUGGAGACCAUUCAGAGCAGCCUGUUCGUCAUAUCUCUGGAUGAAACGAAACCCUACUCCACUGCAGAAAACUACACUAAUAUGACCAUGGAAGCCCUCACAGGAGACCCCACCAUCCGCUGGGGAGACAAAUCCUACAAUUCACUUGUGUUCUCUGACGGCACUUUUGGAUCCAAUUGUGAUCAUGCACCAUUCGAUGCCAUGGUGCUGGUGUCUAUGUGUUGGUAUGUGGACCAGCAAAUCAAAGCUACAGAGGGCAAAUGGAAGGGCUCAGACGCAGUCAGACCCAUUCCCCUUCCUGAGGAGAUGGUGUUUACUGUGGACGAGAAAAUCAGGAGUGACAUCAGCCUUGCCAAACAUCACUACCUGGAGUCGACACAGGAUCUGCAGAUUGUGUGUUAUGCCUUCACUGCAUUUGGAAAAGAACUCAUCAAACAGAAGAAGCUGCAUCCUGACACCUUUGUUCAGCUGGCGAUGCAGUUGGCUUAUUAUCGAAUGCACAAAAAGCCUGGUAGUUGCUACGAGACAGCAAUGACUCGCAAGUUCUACCACGGCAGGACAGAGACGAUGCGACCCUGCACCCAGGAGGCCGUGAACUGGUGUACAGCCAUGAUGGAUCCCACAUGUGAUGUUAAUGCCAAGAGGAAAGCCAUGCUGCUGGCCUUCAAUAAACACAACAAACUGAUGGCUGAAGCCCAGGAUGCUAAAGGUUUUGAUAGGCAUCUCCUCGGCCUGUAUCUCAUCGCCAAGGAGGAGGGACGUCCCACUCCUGAGCUCUUUGUGGAUCCCCUCUACACAAAGAGCGGUGGUGGUGGUAACUUCGUGCUGUCAUCCAGUCUGGUGGGCUACACCACAGUUCUGGGGGCGGUGGCUCCCAUGGUGCACCAUGGCUACGGCUUCUUCUACCGCAUCAGAGAUGACAGGAUUGUGAUUUCCAUCUCGGCGUGGAAAUCUUGCCGUCAGACAGAUGCCGUCACACUAUUCAACAACUUCUGUAGCUCCCUGUAUGAGAUGCUCCACCUGGCCACCACAUCUCAGCUAUAAGUGCUCACACCCAGCGACAGAGGAGCUGAACACAGGCUAAUCUACUCAUUUACACGUUUACCUCUCCGUCCUUGUUUGAGCAUGAGUGCACAAACAGUUCACAAACCCUCAGUUAAUAGCCGACAGCUAGCGAUAUUCAUGUUCUCAGCACAGAUCAAUGCAAAGGCGUAGACUCAGUGCCUCCAGGUGAUAUUCACUGAUUCUGGCCUUUUAAAAAAUCAAUUCAUUUUUUUGUCUCUUGUAGUGUUAAGUAAGAUUCUUUUAGGUGUACAUAUUUUUCCUCAUUCUCUGAUUUUUUUGUGAUUCUAGUGAACAUGUUUAAUUUUUCAAAGACAUUUCUAAUCCACAUUUAAGCCGAGCUGAUGAUGUUGGCUUGUCGUGGGUAGCAACUGAACAGAAAAUGAAGAUGUUUUAAGGUGGAGCCUUGUAGAAAAUAACAGUUUUGGCUUUACUGUGAUAUAAGAAAGGGCAUUCCAAUCAAACCACUAAAAAUAAGUUUGAUAGAAAUUAGAGGGUUUGCAGUUAUCACUUUUGCCUCACAGCAAGAAGGUUCCAAGUUCGAUACCUGUUUUUUUUUUUUGUGUGGAGUUUGCAUGUUCUCCCUGUGCCUGCGUGGGUUCUCUCUGGGUACUCUGGCUUCGUCCCACGGUCCAAAGACAUGUACAUUAGGUUAAUUGGUGACAGGCGAUCUGUCCAGAGUGUACCCCACCUCUCACCCAAUGGCAGCUGGGACAGGCUCCAGCUUCCCUGCAAUCCUUUAAGGAUAAGCGGUAUAGAUAAUGAAUGAAUCACUGAAUUAAUGUUUUAGGUUUUGAAUUAGUUCCCCUAUGAAAAUCCUAUGCAGGACUGGAAUUUUAAACAACUGCUAAGAAAUGCGUAAAUAUCUCUGGUGUUUGUUUUUGACUCAUGUACCCUUAUGGUCAAAACUGUACUCAACAAAAGGAAGAAAUUAACUUAACUUUGCCUCCCAGUGGUAACUACAGUUCUCCAAGAGGUGUUAAUCUUACAAUUGAACAUGUCUGGACAAGGAUUUGAUUGGUGUAGUGUCUGUGUAGGCAGGCAUCAAAUAUAGCUUGUCAUAUCACUUCAGAUAAACAGCUGCAGGAUACAGUCACAAUUUUCUGUCUUAGAACAACUUGCACAGAACAAGGACAAAAUCCUUGUAUCCUCCUUUAAUAAAUGGAAAAUAUGCACAAUAGCUACAGCAUUACAGCUUUUACUCCCUUACUCAAAGUGUGGGAGGAAUUCAACUUUUUGAAACAGAAAAGUUGCCUUCCAGUCUUGAAGGUACAGCACAUUGUUUUGUUUUACCUUAGUACAUCAGUGAGACUGUUGGUUUGCUGCUUGCUGCGUCUUUCUUUGAACCAAAACCUUACUGACUUGAUCACUGCACCUUAUGGGCUCUGCACACUGUGCAGCUUUCCUUUAUGUGUGUCUUCCUGUAAAAGUUAAAGAUGGCUGAAUGUUCACAUGGUUUUAUAUUUGGAUGACUGCUGUAUGACAUCACUGAACCUCGAUAUGUUUUCCCACAUUUCUGCUGCAUUUAAAGCGUUAAUCUGUCUGACUAAGCUUUUGACCAGAUUCUACUUCUUUCAAAAGCCCAAAUGAAAAGUAGCUUCAUAUUUUCACUGAAGUGUAACACAGUAUGAAUGUUCUGACAAAUAAAGCUGAGGAAUUUUCAAUGGU